AUGUCGAGCGCGAAGACUGUGGCGCUCAUCGGCGCGGGCGAUGUCGCGAAAUUCUUCGUCGAAGAGCUCGUCGCCGCCAACCGCAAUGUGCUCGUCAUCUCGCGCGCCCCACGGCCUUGGUUCGCCGACCGCACCGACAUCACAUUCCUUACCUCCGAUUAUUCCUCUUCGUCUUUUACCGAAAUCUUCGACGCUCAUAACGUCGACGUGGCGUUCUGCUUUAUACACGACAACACGAAGUUCUACGUCGAUGUUCACGAGGCCAUCUUGGACGCGUGUAGGAAGAGCAGGACGUGCAAGCGGUUCGUGCCGAGUGAAUACGACGGCGAUAUUGAGGAGGGGGAUGGUGGGCAUUGGGAUAAGCCGCGCUUCCAUCUCAAGACGCACGUUCCGUUCCGCGAGACCCUCACUUCUCAGUCGCAACUCGAGGAUGGGGAGAGGGUGGAGUAUACGCUGCUGUGCCACGGGUGGUUCAUGGAUUAUAUUCUGCCGUCACACAAGACUUAUAUGAAGGACAUAUAUCCCGUUUGGCCUGUCGAUGUGAAUGGGGGGAGCGAUGAGGUUGUUGUUGCGGGGACGGGUGAGGAGAGCGUAGGGUUGACGGCUGCGAGGGAUGUGGCUAGGGUGGGGGUUGCGUUGGUUGGUAUGCCGAAGGGCUUUUGGAGCGAGAAGACGUAUGUGUGUGGAGAGUAUACGACGUGGAAUCGGCUCAUCGCGCAGCUUUCGUCCUACUACAAUCGCACAUUCAACCCCACCUACACCCCCCUCUCCACAAUCCAAGCUGCAAUCGAAGACCCAGACAUCCCCGAAGAAGACAAGGCGUUCGUAUACAUGCAGGAGUGGAACGCGAGCGGGGCGUCGGCGCCGCCGAGGGAAAAGUUGUGGGAUGCGGGGAGGUGGGGGGUCAGGGUGAGGAGUGUAGCGCAAUUGCUAGAGGAUGGACGCAAGGAUGGAAUCGUGUAA